AUGAGCAGUCUGCUUUGGAUUUCAUCAGCCAAACAAGCAAGAGUUACAAAUGACAGUUGUAAGGAGGCAUGGCAUUGGAGACAGACUCGUAUUCCCUCAGCAGCCAGCCUCUCGCCUCUCCUCAGCCGCAGCCACCGUCUUCACCGUCGUCACGUCAGCCUGGUCGGCACCCCAGUUGAGGCGCUGACCGUCAUGUCUGCCACAGGGGAUCCAGACCUAACCCAAGGGGACCAGGAGGCCCCAGUGAGCCAGGAGGGAGUGCAAGUUGAGAUGGGUGGAGCUGGUGAUGGGGAGGGUGGCGACUCUGGCCCCAACAGUGGCGACGUGGUGCCCACAGCUGAGGCUGAGGAGGCCGGAGCUGGUGACGGGGAGGGUGGCGACUCCGGCCCCAACAGUAGCGACAUGGUGCCCACAGCUGAGGCGGCCGGAGAUGCAGGGCCCAUGGGAGGCCUUAGGGAGGAGGAGGGAGGCUUUCGCGUGGAGUUCCUGGACAUGGUCCACAACCUUCUCCACCGCAUCUAUCACAACGACCACAUCCUGAUCGGGAUCCGUGGUGGCCGCCUGAUGGAAGGGCCCUGCCCUGUGAUGCCCAGCUCUGAUGAGCCCCCGCUGCUGGUGUCCGAGAGGCUGGGUGCAGGGGCCGGGGCCCCAGAAGGCGAUGACCUGGGCCUGAUCGAGGAGGCCGAGUUGGUCCCAGAGCCUGAGGUGCCAGCAGACCCGGCCGAGACGGCCAGGGAACCCGCAGAAGAGCCCGCGGAGGAAGCUGAGGAGGAGAAGCCUGCAGGGGAGGAGCCCGCAGAGGAAGCAGUGCCCAAGGGAGAUCUGAGCUCAUCGAUCUCAGAGCAACCAGUGGUGGAGGAACCAGCCACAGAAGAGAAGCUGAAAGUGGCUGCAGAGGAGGAACCCUCUGCACAGGAACCGGCCGCAGAGGAACCAGCCUCAAAGGAGACCGUGGCUCCUGAGGGAGAUCUGAGAUCUGAGAUCUCGCAGGAACCAGCCACAGAGAAGGAGCAGGAAGAGAAACGAGCUGCAAAGGAGGAGCCCGCAGAGGAGGAGCCCGCAGAGGAACUGGCCACAGAGGAAGCCGCGGCCCCCGAGGGAGAUCUGAGAUCAUUGGUCUCAAGAAACUUGCCACGGAGGAAGCGGAAGAUAAACCAGCUGCAGAGGAGGAGCCUGCUGCAGAGGAACCCGCCGCAGAGAAAUCGGCCGCAGAGGAACCGGCGGCGGAGGAACCGUCCACAGAGGAGGAGCGGGAAGAGAAACCCGCUGCAGAGGAGUCUGCAGAGGAACCAGUCACCCAGGAGGCCGCGGCCCCCAAGGAAGUCACUAAAUAUCAAUACGAAAAGUGGGAUGAAGAGGUCCAAGGUGCGGCAGGCGAGGAAAAAAAAGAGCAACAAAAAGAGGAUGCACAAGACAAGAGGAAGAGCUCCAAAGGCGCAGCAGAGGGGAAGCCGAGGAAAUCCAGAUUCCCAGUAA